AUGCAAUUCCUGGAUGAGCUCCGCGCGAUCCGUGCAGCCUGCGCCGGCCCUUGGGCGGUGGCGGGAGAUUUCAAUCUCAUCGUCCACGCGGCGGACAAGAACAACAAUAUGCUAAACAGACGCAUGAUGGGCCAUUUUCGCCGCCUCUUGAAUGACUUGGAGCUCAAGGAAUCAUGUCUCAUUGGGCAGAGAUAUAUCUGGAGCAAUGAGAGGCGUCAGCCCACGCUCGAGAAGAUUGACCGCUGGUUCUCCACGGCGGACUGGGAUGCGGGCCACCCAGAUCACCUGCUGCAGGCGCUGUCAUCGUCCAUCUCAGAUCACUGCCCACUGCUUAUGGCCACCAAUGUCUCCUUCCAUCGCAAAGCUCGCUUCCACUUCCAAAGCUUUUGGCCAUCCAUCCCCGGCUUCCAUGAAGUAGUGGCCGCGAGCUGGAACUCCCUCCCACCGAAGGCCAACCCUUUUGUUGACUUAUUCCUGCGGCUGAAAGUCACCACCAAAGCGCUCACCAAAUGGAGCCAGUCCAAAGUGGGCAACAUCAAGGAGCAGAUCCUGCUAGCGAAUGAGAUCAAUUGUGCUUUGAUCAGGCAGCACACGUUGUGCCUGCCAUCGCUCAGGCUGACAGAAGUGGACACAUCGGCGCUUGAGGCCCCGCUCACAGAAGAGGUGAUCUGGAACACAAUCAAAAGUAUGCAGCCGGACAAGGCCCCAGGACCCGAUGGGUUCACUACGAGAUUCUAUCAGUCCUGUUGGCCCAUCAUCAAGGAGGUGGUAAUGAAGGCUGUGCUCGCAUUUGACGGUGUCGAUGGCAGAGGCAUGGAAAGGUUGAAUGAGGCAUUCAUCGUGCUACUGCCAAAGAAGGAGGGGGCACUAGACAUCAAAGAUUUCAGGCCGAUUAGUCUUAUCCACAGCUUUGCUAAGAUUGUUGCGAAGGCCAUGUCAGCGGAGCUCGCGCCACUGAUCACGAAGCUGGUGGAUCAAAACCAGAGCGCCUUCAUUGCGGGCCGAUCUAUUCUCGACAACUUCAUGUUGGUGCAGCAAUCUAUCCGCACACUCCAUCGCAAGCGGGUGCCGACCAUCAUCUUCAAGAUCAAUAUUGCUAAAGCAUUCCAUAGCGUCUCAUGGCAAUUCCUCCUGGAAGUAUUGGCUCAUCGAGGUUUUGGCCCUCGGUCGAGACAGAGAAUCGCCACUCUCCUCUCAACGGCAAGCAUGCAGGUUCUCGUCAAUGGGACGGCCAGCGAGAGCUUCUGGCACGGGAAGGGGCUGCGGCAAGGGGGUCCCAUCUCCCCCUUGCUCUUUAUCAUCGUCAUGGACGUCCUCACGACGACAUUCAGGAAGGCGGAGGAGGCGGGCCUCUUUGCCUCGCUUCGCGCUCGCGACAUUCAUCAUCGCCUAUCUUUGUACAUUGGCCACGCCAUCCUGCUGCUCAGUCCGCUGGUGGCCGAGAUGGACGCGGCCAAGCAGCUUCUUGAGUGCUUUGGAGAGGCCACGGGGUUGCGGUGCAACUUCUCAAAAAGCUCUAUCUCCACGAUCCGCUGCCAGGAGGAGGACAUUCAGGAGCUUCUCGCCCUGGCCGGCUGCAGCUACCAUGCACUGCCUAUCACCUACCUCGGCCUCCAUCUAUCCCUUCGGGCCCUUAUCCGAUCGGAGUUGCAACCCCUCAUAGAUCGGAUCGCGGCGCAGCUGCCAACAUGGAAAGCGGGCCUUCUUCGUCGGGCAGGCAGACUCACGCUCGUAAAUUGCAGGUUCUCGGCGAUGCCAAUCUUCCACCUAAUGGCCCUCGACCUGCCGCCAUGGUUCUUCAAGUGCAUCGACAAGCUGCGCAGAGGCUUCUUCUGGCGUGGGGUGGAGGAUGCAAAGGGGGGUUGUUGCCUCGUGGCCUGGCAUAUCGUCUGCUCGCCUAAACCUUAUGGUGGCUUGGGUGUUCUCAACCUGAGGCUGCUAAACCAGGCGAUGCGCUUGCGCUGGCUAUGGCUGCAGAAGACGGUCUUGGACAAGCCCGGGAGCGGCCUGAACGUCGCCGUCUCGGUGGAGACCGCAAGGCUGGGCAACGCGGCGCUUCGGCCUGCGGGCCGUAACCUGACGGUGGCCAGCGCGCUGCAAGGGCACACGUGGGUGGACGCGAUCCGUGGUACGCCGGCGGUUCCGGCAAUCACUGAAUUCCUUCUGCUCUGGGAGGAGGUGCGGGCGGUGGCUCUUUCUGACUCUCCUGAUGCCUUCUCCUGGCGACUGGGCACGGCUGGACGGUACUCCUCCCGCGACACUUACGCCUUCUUCUUCUUCGGGAGGGAGUUCGCGCCCUGCUUCGCGGAGAUCUGGCACUCUUGGGCUCCCCUGGAGAUAAAAAUCUUCUCCUGGCUGGCGGUGCGCGAGAGGCUAUGGACGGCUGAUAGACUCGCCCGGCGGAAUCUGCCGCACAUUCGGUUAUGCCAAUUAUGCUGCCAGCAUGACGAAGACACCUCGCACAUGCUCCUGGGCUGCUCGUACUCGCGCGAGGUUUGGUACAAUAUGCUGCUGCCUAUGGGUCUUCAUCGCUUCACCCCGGACGCCACGAGCAGGCUAGCGGACUGGUGGCCACAACUGGCGAAGGCUCGCACGGCCAGGCUUUACAAGCAGACGAACACCAUGGUCAUGGCCACACUCCGAUUCAUCUGGCUCGAACGCAACAACCGAGUCUUCGAGCGCAAGAGCUCUUCACCGAACUCAACUAUAGAUCUCAUUAGAGCCGAGCUCCGCCUGUGGACUCAGGCUAGGGUAGAGAGCGGCCAUCCCUUCCAAAUCCACUAG